ACCUCCGGUAGAAGACAUCCAGACAGUGUUGAGCCCGGUGGUGAGCUGUGGACCUGCAGGAGCCCUGCUGACCAGACCAGUGAUCCUCACCAUCCACCACUGUGCAGACAACGUCCAGGAAGACUGGCUCAUCCAGCUCAAGAACCAGCUGAGCAUGGGAGAGUGGGAGGAUGUGGUUGUAGUGGGGGAGGAAAACUUCACCACCCCCUGCUAUGUGCAGAUGGACUCGGAGGCUUGUCACAUUCUGACAGAAACAUUGGGGACUUACUGCCUGGUGGGCCAGUCAAUUGGCAAAGCAGCUGCAAAGAGGCUCAAACUGGCUGUUUUUGGGCCCGUCUCGUGUACGACUUUGGACUAUCACAUCAGGGUCUACUGCCUGGAUGACACCCAAGAUGCACUCAAGGAGGUUCUUCAGAUGGAGACCCAAAUGGGAGGGAAGCUUCUGGACGAGCCAAAGACUCUGAACUUCAAAGACAGCACUCACAAUCUGAGACUGUCUAUUCACGACGUACCACACAUGCAGUGGAAGAGCAAACUUAUUGCAAAGUACCAGGAGAUUCCAUUCCACCAGGUAUGGAGCGGAAGCCAGCGGAGUCUUCACUGCACCUUCACCCUGGAGAGACUGACAGCAGCCACCAUGGAGCUCAGCUGUAAACUGUGUGUGCGGCAGGUGGAGGGAGAAGGACAAAUCUUUCAGCUCAGCAACACACUGGAGGAGGAGCUCCAGUGCAUAGACACGUCCCUGAUGGACCCAGCCAGCAACAUCACUACCUUGAUGGGGCCUAACGCCUUCCGUAUUCCGUUAUCCAUCAGACAGAAGUUGUGUGGAAGUCUGGAUGCGCCGCAGACCAGAGGGAACGACUGGAGGAUGCUCGCUCACAAACUCCAUCUUGACAGGUACCUGAACUACUUUGCCACCAAGUCCAGUCCGACAGGUGUGAUCCUGGAUCUCUGGGAGGCCCAACACUUCCCCGACGGCGACCUAAACGAACUGGCCGCCGUGCUGGAAGAAAUGGGUCGCCAUGACAGCAGCCUCGCCUCCAUGACAUGUGAACACUGAUGAGGCAGCUAAGAUGACGACAGAACUCUGGAGAUAAUUACUCGUGAAUUCUCUAUGGUUGGUCCUGCUGCUACUGCGAUGAAACAAUUAUACGGGAGCAAAAGAUAAGCCGUCGCCAUGGUGAUUGAGCAGCGCUUAAAGAAAAGGGGGAAUCAAACCGACAUGGCAACAGAAGGAAGGAAGGAGAGAUGCUUAAGCCGGAGCCAGAGCUCCACGCGCAUCUUCUGCGCACAAGAUGUCGACCCCAGGAGAGAUAAUUCAACAUAUCAGGAAAACAUCAACACACCAAGAAAAACACAAAUAUGUCUGUACUCAGCAGGUAUUUUCUUACUUCAGAUAAGAAAGGAUGGAAAAAACAGAUUUUGUGGAAAAAAAAAGAAAAGGGUAAAUAAGAAAGUGAAUUAGUAUGGAGGAAUCAGAAGAAGUUCGACUGAGGAUAAAUGCACAGCGAAGCUGAUUCUUCAGAAAGAUGAAAGUAAACGAAGAAAGGAUUAACUAAUUAUGAAGGAAUCAGAAAAGCAUAAAGCGAUGGAAUCAGCAGCAGGUGAUCAUCUGGAUGCAAAUGAGAUAAUGGUUGGGCGGCUACAGGAGGGGCUCUUCUGUUGAGCCCCAGCUGCAUUUGUAAGUCCAGAGCGUGCAGUCUGCACACGUUAAAAGAAAAAAAAAGGUAUUUUAUACUAAUUUGGGUGUAAUAUCUUCUCGUAACCAAAUUCCAGAGAGAUGCAAGUGAAAAGAUUGUAGACGUGGACGCUUUUGAAGUUAAUCAGAUAAACGAAGUAACACUUUUUUAGCUUCUUACAGAUGGAUCUGCAGGGCAGAAUACCAAAACCAACAAGAAAAAAAGUAAAAUUUCAACUAAACAAUCCUCAUUUGAGAGCAUAAUCAAGCAUUAUCAUGUGUCUGUAGUGAGUGGAUUUUUAUUAUUUUAUCCCAUAUAAAGAGUGUUUCUGCUGCCUAUCAUGGAGGAUGUUUUUGAUUUUUUUAACCAACUUUAUGUCAUAAAUUAAUCGAUCUUCUCUCAUUACAAUUUUACAGAACCCAUUCUUGUGUCUCGACUGUGUAAAUACAUGAUUAUAUGUCGGAUUCAUUUUUUCAUAUCAGUUUGUUUUUGUUCUUUUUGUGACAGUUUUCCGCAGAUUUUCUCGUCUCGCAACUAACAUUCCAGCAAGUAUCUGUUGAAAAAAAAUAAGAGCUUAAGAUCAACUAAAGUGGCCUAUGUAAAAUAAUGUGUAAUAUACGUGUAAUUUCCAAAAACAACAACCUGGCUUUGAAAGUUUUGCCUUGACUCGGGUCAACAGUGUGUCGUUUUUAAAGGUGCAGCGCAAGCUCGCCGUUAAAAAAAAAAACAGCUUUAUUUUGAAAGGGGUUUGGAAAAUCCGAUGUUCUUUGACUUCAGAUAAAGAUUCAAAAACAGGAUUUUUUUUUUUUUUUUUUGUGAAGUUUGGAGAGACGCCAUAUGUAACUGAACAUCAGGUAUGCAGAGGAGAUUCCAAGGAGGAUGUUGCUAAAGAAGUUGAAGAGGAGGACAAAAGGUGCGGUCAUCAUCCCGACAUGACAGCUUUCACCUUGUAGCCGUCCACAGAGGGGGGAAAACCUUCAGACAGUGAUUUCUCACAUAUUGAUUUUGCUUGCCUUGUUCAGUCGGUGAGAAAUGUGCAAAAACAAGAUGCCCCCCCCUCUUUCUGUUUGGCUGUAAAACAAAAAACCAACACUUCAGAUCGGGAUUUUGGACGGAACAAAUCCAAAUGUGUGAUUUUUUUAUACUGAGGAAGUGAAAGAUGGGCUACCAGUGUUUAUAUUCUUUAAUUUGCUGUAGCUUUUCAACUGUUAACACGAUAAUUACAGCAGAUUCUGCUGUAAUUAUCGUGUUAAUGCCUAAAAAAUUACAUUACAUUAAAGAUUUUUUCUUUAAGGAUUAAAAGUAAGAGUUGCAGAAGUGGAUCGUAUGAUCCUCCACCAUUUGAACAUGUAGAAAGUAGUGUUACGAUAUCAAAGACAGUGUGUACAAAGUAUUUUCUAUUCAAAUAUGUACAGUUGUGUACUGUUGACUAUGUUUGACAAAUUUCAGAUUAUAAAAAAGAAGAAAAAAAAUUGCAGAAGAGUUAGAAAAUAGUUUGUAUGUUUCAAGUUUUCUUUCCUGUUUUGUAAAAGCAGUGUCUACUAUGCAAACUUGGCAUUGGUUAUUAUGAUAGGAGUCUAUACCUAGAGCUGUCCUUGUAAGUGCAUUUUGAUUUGAAGACCAGUUGGUUUGGUUCUGUUAGUGUGAGAUAGUGACGGUCCGUUCUUAGCUAAAUCUGGCACGCUUCAAGAGUCCUGUUCGGUCUUGCUGACUGCUUGCCUCUCUAUCUCCUCUAAUAGUUUUCUGUACAAAGUGUAAGAAAGAAUUUUUAAGACAAUUAAUAAAUUAUAUUUAUAAGCAAUGCUAAUAA